AUGCCAAAAUCCGGGGCUCGAUUCCCCAAGGUGGAAGAAGUGCACAUAGCUUUGCACGACAAAACAAAAUAUAAGAAACAGCCUCCUGGGCUAUCAGGAGUUAUUAUGGGACCAGUAACUAAUUAUAAUAUGGAUCUCAAUGAAAAACGUAUCAAAAGAAAAUUUAAUAUUAAAGGAUUACAGGACUCUGUGUUGUUUAAAAGUUUUUUUAGUCUACUUAUUGGGAUGAACUUUACAGGCCUGGUUGUUAAAGCGCUCGACUUGCAAUCUUCAGCUCGGGGAUUCGAAUCUCCAAACAGCGGAGGUGGAUAUGGUGGAGGUGGAUUCGGAGGAGGAUAUGGUGGAGGUGGAUUCGGAGGUGGAUAUGGUGGUGGAGGAGGUGUCCUUUUUGCCAUCCCUAUUAGCGUGGCUAGCGUUGGUGUAGGAGGAGGAUUUGGUGGUUUUGGUGGAAGGGGUGGAUUUGGAGGUUUUGGAGGACGGGGAGGAUACGGUGGUGGAGGUGGCAAAUGGUGGUGGUAG